GAGGUUUGCCUCGCAAUCUCGCGGAUGAUGUUCCAAAUUUUACUUGAAGUGAUGACGUCAUUUCGUUCUACAUGAGCGAUGUCUCUUAAAUAGAUCGAGGAAACUGUCGCGUCGCGUGCAAGCAGUACGCGAACAAAAGUGUAAUUGGGCACCCGUGAUAAAUGUAAUAUAGUUAUUUCAAGAAGAAUUACAGUAUCACAAUUAGGAUUUUAUGUAAAAUUUUCCUGAUUGUUUUGCGCCAACUUGAGGAAGCACCUGUCGCUCGAUUAACUCGGCGGCGAUUCAGCGUGACAAGCGCGAGAGUUAUAUGUCACCCAUUAAUGACACGUCCGUGUAAUGGUGAACGCCGGUUCCAACGGGUGGUGACGAUGAAAGCCGACUUUGACGGUCACCACGCACCGUGCGAGAGCGCGUGCGCCAAUUAUCCCCCCGGUGCAAACUCAGGGGGGUUGUUUAAGGCGCGAAUUCUCGGAGGAUGGAGAACAGUCGACGGGCCAGCCUCCAGGAGGCACAUUCGCAGGACGUCGACCGCGUCGCGCUUUUCCACCAAAAGGUGACUGGAACACGACGUGUCUCAGGCUCGUGAUUCAGGACCACUCCUCCUUCACCUUGACCUGCUUGUUCGCUUGGCUGGGCGACACACCUGGUUCAAUAACGCAAUACGCGGCAACAAAAAAAGGACUUCUUGUUGUUGCACAGAUUUCCUGUGUUCCAUUGACCGUCUCGAAAUUUGACUGGCAACUCAAGUGGCGAUCAUGAAUGGCGCGAAAACGAUGUUGAUGAAUGGAAUAACUAAUAUCGUGAGUGACACAAUGGGAGUUCGUGCGACCGUCGAAAAUUAAACGAAGGACCUGGCCUUUAUUUAGUGAUUCCCGUAAUUGUGGUCCAGCAGAGACGCAAGAAUGUCGCUCGUUGUUAUCCUAAAGAACAUUCAGGGUCUCAAGUGCAAGGGCGAGAAAGUUGCAAAGAUCGACUUUCGAGAAGUAUCGCAUUAUUCGACGGUACUUGAGGACAGUGGAGAUGUUAUUGAAGUGGAACAGAGUUUUACGUGGAAUCUAGGAAGACCAGUAGACGAAGCGGAAGUUUUACAAUUGGCAGUUGUAUCACGUGGAGUCUUGAGAAACGAAAAAGUUGCGGCGAGGUAUGGACUGGUGUUGCAAACAGUUGUGCGUGAAGGGAGAAUUCUCGUCUCUGACUCCCUGGUCGACCUCAAUAACAAACCGCUUCCGGCGGUAGUGUGCUUCGAAAUUCGAUACAAUCCUCCAGAUGGAAGCUGCAGCUCGUACGCGAUUUCGGAAAUAAUGGAGGACGAACAGCAAAUGUUGAUCGAUAUCGAGCAGAAUAUCGCGAAUCUCGAGAGGAGUCUCGAACAGGCCAACAGCAGCUCAACUAGUGGGAAAAGAAGAGGCUCUUGGCAUACUCCGGAGAAAACAUCGAAAAGAGGCUUCUUAUCAAAGGGUACUUCUUUGUCAACUAAUGAAAAGUCGCCCGACACUCGAAAGCGAAACACCACUUUGAGGAGCGUGCGAUCCCUGCUGAAAUUGGGAAAGCAGAGACCGCCACGUACUCGAUCCUGCGACAGCAACUCGGAAACGAAAGAACUCCUUGACAGACAGGAUUCUAGCUGUCCAACUUCGAAUGAGCCUUCGCGAACGAACUCUAUGACGUCCCUUGAGACAAACGCGUCCGAUAAUGACAGUCAACUAAGCGCCAAUCCUGAGCAAGAAGAGACAGUUGCAAAACCGGCGAAAAAAUCCAAACCUAAGACGAGCGAUACUUGGCAAAGCGCGUUAAAAGCCCAGGAUUAUCAAGUGUGCGUUACGAUCAUAGAAGCGAGGCAACUCGCCGGUCUCAACAUGGACCCGGUGGUCUGUGUGCAAAUUGGAGAUCAACGCAAAUAUACGAGUGUCAAGGAGUCCACGAAUUGCCCGUAUUACAACGAAUACUUUGUCUUCGAUUUCCACAUGCCGCCUGUCAUGCUCUUCGACAAAAUCAUUACGCUGUCGGUGCAGCAAUCGCGGAAUCUCUUGCGCGCUAAUCUAACGCUGGGCAGCUUUAAGUUAGACAUCGCGACGGUAUGGGCACAACCAGACCAUCAAUUCUACCACAAAUGGGCCCUACUCACCGAUCCGGAUGAUGUUGCUGGUGGACCCAAAGGUUAUCUGAAGUGUGACAUAAGCGUUAUUGGCAAAGGCGAUACCGUGAAGAUUCCUCCAAAAAGUGAAAAAGACGAGGAUGACAUCGAAGGCAAUCUCUUAUUGCCAGAUGGUGUGCCAAUCGAGAGGCAGCGCGCGAGAUUCGUGGUGAAAGUUUAUAGAGCCGAUGGUUUGCCGAAAAUGAACAGCAGUAUCAUGGCGAAUGUAAAGAAGGCUUUCACGGGGGAAGUGAAGGAUCUUGUGGAUCCAUACGUUCAAGUAUCAUUUGCCGGGCUCAGCGGGAAAACAAGCGUGAAGAGGCAUAGCUACGCUCCAGUGUGGAACGAGCAGAUAAUUUUCACCGAGAUGUUUCCUCCCCUUUGUCAGAGGAUAAAGAUACAAUUAUGCGAUAACGACCCGGUGCACGCCACCGUCAUCGGUACACACUUCGUCGAUCUGAAGCAGAUCAGCAACGACGGCGAAAAGGGUUUCUUGCCGACCUUUGGUCCGGCGUUUAUCCAUCUUUACGGCAGCAUCAGAGAUUACAGUCUCAUAGACGAGCAUUCAACGUUAAACACCGGCUUGGGCGAAGGAAUUUCAUAUAGGGCUAGACUAUUAAUAGCGAUACGAACCGAGAUCACUGACAACGUGGAAAUAGCACCGUCGGAAGUUGAAGUAGAACCGACAGUUCCGAUUAAUGAAACCGCCUACGCAAGGAACGAAGAGUUCUUUUUGUAUGCCACAAUCAUGGACGCCACGAUGAUCGACAAGAAACUUGGCGAUAAGCCGAUGUACUUUGAAAUAUCGAUCGGAAAUGCGGGCAACGCUCUCGACGGUCACAACGAAAGUUUCAAGAUGUACGAUACAGGAUCGAAGGGUGAGACGAGCGGGGAGGAGGAAGACCUGCAGGAAAUCCUCACCGGAUCUUGGCAGAGUACCACACCAGCUAGUAAGCCAAUGACACACGAUAAGAUUUAUUAUUUCCUACCAUACUGGGACGACAAGCCAUGUCUUCAUGUGAGAAGCAUAUGGCCGGAUUACAGACGUAGGAUGUAUAACAGCAACAUUAUUGGCAAAAUUGUCGAUAAACUGGAGGAAGGAUUGUCAGAGGUACAAUCGCAUUUAGAGGAUUCGACGAGUGAAAAGCUUUUAAAGUCCACUCUCGAAGAACUAAGCGCGAAUUGUAAUCGGUAUGUCAGUAUUAGCAAGUCUAGUGUAACCGGUCCGGGCGUUGGGAAAACGAAGCUGGACAAAGAGCGAACGAAAUUGUGCCAGCGGGAACUGGAAAAUAUCGGGAUUAUGUCACGCAAUCUGAAGGCUCUCGUGACUAAAAGCAGUUUCAAGGAAAGACUGAAGACAGCCCACAGCUAUCUACAAAAAUUAAAAUUUCUCGUCGAGGAUCCGCAAGACUCUCUGCCAGAUGUGUUUAUCUGGGUGAUCAGCUCAGGAAGACGAGUGGCAUACCAGAGGAUACCGGGUCGUGAACUAAUCUACUCGGUGGUUGAUGAAGAAUGCGGCCGACAUUGCGGAAAAGUGCAGACUAUGUUCCUGAAGCUCCCAGGCAAAAAGAGAUUCGGACCGGCGGGAUGGGCAAUCCAAACAAAAUUACAAAUAUAUAUGUGGCUGGGAAUAUUGAAGCACAAAAAGUACUUCAUCCAAGGUUUACCAAAAGGAUACGAGGUCAGCCACGAGCUGAGAAACGUGGAUAGACCUCGAGCUUUGCCGCCCACCGUAAUUCACUACGUUCAGAAGCACAAAUUUCAAUUGAGAGCCCACAUGUAUCAAGCGAGAUCACUGAUCGGCAGCGAUGCAUCCGGUCUCUCCGAUCCGUUUGCAAGAGUGAUUUGCGGUGAAUUUUGCAAGUGCACUCAGGUGAUCGACGAGACCCUCAGCCCAACAUGGGACGAGCUGCUGCUGUUCGAUGACAUCCUAAUCUACGGAACCGCAGAAGAGAUCAAGAAGGAUCCACCCUCCAUCGUCAUCGAAUUGUUUGAUCAGGAUAAAGUGAGUCAUAUUGUAGCUAUGGACAUAACACUGCAUGAGAAGGGCUCUGCUUUAACAGGAAAGUCGGAAUAUAUCGGACGAGCAAUUGCGCGACCUCACGUCAAACUUGCCUCCGAGUCUUACACUCCUCCGCAAUAUCCACCGUCCUUGGAAUGGUAUGAUGUCACCAGAGGUGCCUCGAGGGCUGGCGAACUUCUAGCGGUUUUCGAAUUGUUGGAAUACCCCUCUACCAAAGAUUAUGGAUUUCCUACUUUGCCAGAUCCCAAAGAUCCCAGCUCCGGAUCUCAGGCUCCAGGUUCCGGUCAAGAUCAAGGCCCGAUUCUUCCUGUACCCGUGGGAAUUCGACCUACUUUAUCAAAAUAUCGAAUUGAGGUACUCUUCUGGGGUUUGCGGGAUCUGAAGAGGAUCCAUCUACUAACCGUCGACAAGCCUCGCGUGGAUGUUGAAUGCGCCGGCCACAUUCUCUAUUCGUCUGUCAUAGCAAAUGCGAAGAAAAAUCCGAAUUUCAAUACGCCGAUCAAAUUCCUGGAAUUGGAACUUCCUGAACAAGAGCUAUAUCGACCGCCAUUGACGAUAAGAGCAGUGGACUGUCGGAGUUUCGGUAGAUAUACCCUCGUCGGUACUCACACCAUCAAUUCAAUUCACAAGUACAUGUACUACCCUUUGACCAAAAGGGCAAAGGACGCUCAGGAGAGGAAGAAGAGUUUAUAUCAGUUACAGUGCACGGCCGUUGAGCCAUCUAAAACGAAAUACCAACAAAUGCCAUUGCUCGAAUCAAUGACUGACUUGGAAGCUAAUAACGGAGACACUAUCAUCACUCUCGGAUUCGACUUAGGAAGUGGUCCUACAAAAAAAGACAAAACGGAACAAAAUCUACGUAGAAAGCAAAGCUUGGCUAAUGACAACAAUAUGAGUGAUUUAGGCGUAUUAGAAGAUGAAGAUGGCUGCCAAGAUUGGUGGACAAAAUAUUUUGCAUCUGUGGAAGCGAUGAUCGAGGAGAACAAAGAAUUACGCAAGGAAAAAUCUAUAUUCCAGAAUCAGCCGAAUGGAACUUUACCGAUGCUACUGGAUGAAGCUGUCACGCAAAACCAGUUAGCUUCCGACAAGAAUCCCGGAAUUAAUCCCACGAAGAAAUUGUUCGGCCUAAAGUCACCAACAAACGCCGUGAAAUUUGUCUCGAGGCUCAGUCCGAAGCAAAUCCAACGCAAGUAUAAUAAGACCGCCUUAUUAAAGAUAUAUCCUGGAGAGCUGGAGGCGCAACCCGAGUUCGAGCAGUUUAAAGAAUGGUUGCACACUUUCGAGUUGUAUCGAGGAAAAAAAACCGGCGACGAGACCGAAGACGAAUCGAGAAUUGUCGGCAAUUUUAAAGGCGCAUUGAAAGUCUACAAGUGGCCACUACCUAAGGAUCUGAUAGAUUAUACUGUGAUGGGUUUUGAUCCGCAAUACGGAUUUUUCCAGGGUGUUCCGUCGAACGAACCUAUUCACGUUCUAGUACGGGUGUAUAUCGUUAAAGCUAAUGAUCUUCAUCCUUGCGAUUUGAACGGGAAAGCGGAUCCUUACGUGGUCUUACAAUUGGGAGGCAAGAGGAUCAGUGAUAAAGAAAAUUACGUGUCGAAACAACUGAAUCCUGUCUUCGGAAAAUGUUUCGAGAUCGAAGCAACAUUUCCGCAGGACUCUCUACUCACAGUGCAAGUAUUAGAUUGGGAUUUAGUCGGAACAGACGAUAUGAUCGGUGAGACUAAAAUUGACCUAGAAAAUCGUUUCUAUAGCAGACAUCGAGCUACAUGCGGCCUUGCAAAAAAAUAUGAUGAAUCUGGGUAUAAUAAAUGGAGAGAUGCAAUGAAACCAACUCAAAUACUCUCAAAGCUAUGCAAAGAUGGAAAAAUUGAUGGGCCAAUGUAUUCUCACGGACGCGUUACAAUCGGUAGAAAAACGUUUACACUUUCAAACGAGGAAAUGGAAUAUUAUGUGCAUACAAAGGGAAUGGAAGAACAUCUCGCUUUAGCUGUUCUCCAUCAGUGGAAUGCCUUUCCACGAAUAGGUUGUGCCCUGGUACCUGAACACGUAGAGACUCGACCACUCUAUAAUCCUGAAAAACCUGGAAUUGAACAAGGAAAAUUGGAAAUGUGGGUGGACAUGUUCCCAAUGGAUAUGCCCUCACCCGGACCGUCUAUCGACAUUUCACCGAGAAAACCUAAAAGUUAUGAAUUGAGAAUAAUCAUAUGGAAUACAGACGAUGUCGUCCUAGAAGAUGACGCCUUCUUCACCGGCGAAAAAAUGAGUGAUAUAUACGUAAAAGGAUGGUUAAAAGGACCGGAGGAUUGUCAAUCCACCGAUAUUCAUUAUCGAUCAUUGACCGGCGAAGGAAACUUUAAUUGGCGUUUCAUAUUUCCAUUUGAUUAUUUGGUAGCGGAAGAGAAGAUUGUUAUCAAUCGUAAAGAGAGUUUAUUUAGUUGGGACGAAACCGAAUGUAAAAUACCGGCACGUCUAGAACUACAGGUCUGGGAUGCAGAUCAUUUCUCUGCAGACGAUUUUCUGGGCGCGAUAACUCUCGAUCUCAAUCGAUUUCCUCGAGGAGCAAAAAAUAGUAAGCUUUGCUCAUUAGGCAUGCUAAAAACAGACGGAUCUGUGCCAACAGUUAACAUCUUCAAGCAGAAACGUAUAAAGGGAUGGUGGCCGUUCUAUGUAAAGAAAGAAAAUGAAGAUAUGGAACUGACGGGUAAAGUCGAAGCUGAGAUACAUUUACUCACAAAAGAGGAGGCAGAGAAAAAUCCUGCUGGUUUUGGUAGAAACGAGCCGGAUCCAUUAGACAAACCAAACCGACCAGACGCAUCUUUCAUGUGGUUUCUCAAUCCAUUGAAAUCUAUCAAGUACAUAGUAUGGCAUAAUUAUAAAUGGGCUAUCUUGAAGGCCAUAAUUGCGAUUGGAUUGAUCAUACUUCUGCUCUUAUUCUUUUAUGCAAUACCAGGAUACUCCGUUAAAAAGAUUUUGGGAGCUUAAAUACCGUUUAUCACAAUGUAUAAUUGUUGUUUUAGAAGACAAUUUGACGAUUUAAAAACAUAGUCGUAAUGCUACAUUGUUACGUUGCACAAAAUCGACAUAAAUUAGUAUUUUACCGAAUUAUUUUCUUUAACCUGUUAUUAAUGUUGGCUUGUAUAGAUUAAAAUUCUUUUAUAGUGAUAAGUAGAAAUUAAUUUGUAAAUGGAUCUCAGUAGAAUUAAAAAGUAGAUUUAAAAUAUAUACAAGGUGUUUCUGAGCAACUUAUAAAAGAUCAUGUAAUUGAGAAAUACUUUGUAUAGAAUAUUAAAAGAAAAUAUUUUUCGAGAAAA